AUUGUAAUUCAAAACAAAUACGGAGUAAAAACAUUUUUAGAACAUUUAAUCAGAUGGUCACAAAUCAAAUCUCUUUCACAAAUUAAGUCGCUCGCUUCUCCGGCUCAGCGCGGUACCGUUGGCACCGUUGCAGCGCGGCCACACGCUCGUUGGAUGUUGGGACCUCGGCUGAGUCGGCUCCUCAGUCCUUGCGACCAAGCCGACUGAGUCCUCUCUCAUCGCCUUCUCCGUUAUCUUGGGACUCCCGGCCGACGAAUUCAGAGAAAAUGGAAGGAGGAAGGAGUAGCAGUAUUACGAUUGGGAGAUACAAUUAUGUACAUGAUGUUGGUAAAGGGCCCACUGAAGCCAUAGAUGUCCACCAUGUCAUGCUUCCAAGAAAUGCUUUACCCAAUGCUUCAAUUUUACUCACAUUUCUCCUCCUCUCAGCCUACAUCUGCUCUCUAUUUGUACUGCAGGUCAGGUCUAGUGCUGCUCUUCUUUACAGCUUUCUUGUUGUGGCAUCGCUCAUCUGGAUUUAUCGAAAGCUAGUUGUCAGAGAGUCUGUGAUAAUUUUUCCUGCUUUUGGAGUUCAGAUUGAGACUCAGUACCAAAGCGGGAGAAUCGUUCGACGCUUUGUUCCUACUUGCAAGAUCAUGAAACCUGUGCUGAAUGAAUGUGUGACCCCCAUUACUUGUUACUGGACCCUCUCUCUGAUUAUUCAUGGAGAAGAGGAUCUUCUUUUAGUUUUCAAGGUGUUACGGCCUUCUGCAAAAAUUUUGGUUCCUAUUUGGAAGGCUUUAUGUGCUUGCGUUGAAUGUGGAGAAGGAAAGGAGCCAGUGUAGGAAACAUGACACUGCUCUCCAAGAUGGAUCCUCUGUUUCAUGCUCUACGGCUAUUAACACAUUCUUUAGUUCGUCAAGAACGAAGCUUCUCUUUUUUGUGCACAUACAAAGAUAUCUUAGCUUCAAUCUGAGUAUGGGUUAGUUAUUCUCCCUGUCUUUGCAAAUCAAAGUGAAGGGGCAUCAUCAUCAUCAUCAUCAUUUACUAACUAUCUAGCUACUAUUAGUGUUAGAAACCAUAAAAUUGAGUACAUUGCUCUAAUUUUGACUACGCAGUGAGUAACAUCAUAAACAUACCUACAUACCAUGUCUAUGAAAUUGGAAAAAAAUUAUAUAAAUUAAAAAAGAAAAUGACUUCCAGAGUUCCAGAGCAGAGGUAGGAUGGCCGAUGGCGGAAGCAGCCAUUGAUGCCAUAGGUGUAUGAAACCAACUUUAUUUUUGAGUAACAUAACAAUAGUUUUGUGAUUGACUUUAUUUCAAACUGGUGUUCUUGACUUCUUGUACUUUGUGAGUUGGUGAUAUUUUGCAAUCAUGAAACUCCA